UUUCUAAACAUAUUAAACAACAAAUGUCUGUCAAAACGGAGACAAAGAUAUCAAUGCAAGCGUUGGCUGAGUUAAAGUCCAUCGACGACAUCGACUUCAAUGAGAUUGAGUUAAGCAGCGGUCAGACGCCGGACGAUAUCAACGUCCGGUGUCUGCGGCUAUGCGUCGACUAUUUGGGCGGUGUUUGGACGCAACGGACGCCCGACUCGAUCGCCGUCAAGAGGGUUAUGGGAGGCGUCACUAAUCAGCUCUAUUACUGCGCAAUCGGCAGUCUCUCCGACGAGACAGAGGGGUCGGGUGUGCCUCAGGAGGUGGCCAUCAGACUGUAUGGGCGCAAGUAUUUUACCAGCGAUGACAGUGAGGAUCAAAAUGAUAGGCUAAACGAUGUAAUUACGGCAAUGUUAGCCUCCCGGAGCCAUUUGGGACCCCAAGUGUACGGCAUAUUUGAUGGUGGUGAGAUACUUAAAUAUUACAAGCACCGGGCGUUCGGUGUGGAGGAGCAAAAAGAUGCGGCAAUCGGUGCGAAAGUAUUUGAAAAAUUGGCGAAAUGGCACUCAUUGGAGGCGCCGAUGAAGAAGUCGCAAUGGAUUGGCCCAAUGUUUGAGGGCAUGUUUGAGAGCGCCCGCCAAUAUCCCGGGCUCCGGGAACUGAUCGCAGAGUGCAAUCUUCACACAUUGAAACGGCACGACAUUCAAGCGGAGAGACAAUGGCUGAUGGAUCUGAUCCGCGAGUGCGACAGUCCCGUAGUGUUUGCGCACAACGACUUCCGGAGCGCCAAUAUUAUGGUAUUGGAGGACAACAACAAUAACAAUAAGACCACCGCUGAUGGCGGCGGCGAUGAGGGGAUAGUGUUUUGCGAUUUUGACGCCUCCCGAUACGGGCACCGGGGGCUCGACUUUGGCACCCUAUGGUGGGAGUGGGGCCGCACUUUCAACGACUACAAACAUGAGCACGUUUUUCCCGAUGAUCGCCAAAUUGUGCCCCUAAUUGAGGCCUAUAUCUGGGAAUCGACGCGAAUAUAUGGCCCGAAAUACGGAGAAAAUGCCCGCAAUUCUGUCCGACAGAUACUGAAAGAAGUGAAAGUGUUUUCUCUGGUUUACGCCAUGUUUAGGGUUUUAGUGGAUCUGCGAUGCGAUGACAAAACCCAAGAAACCCGCGUUUCUGAUUUACCGCUUCCGGGAUUCCCUGUCGUCGAAAACUACAAGCUUUGGGAACUAUUGAGACACUCAGACACAGACUCAUCGACUAAACUCUCGGCGAUUCUCGCAAGACAUCGCUUCAGUCCCGACUAUCCCUCUAAUUGA